AUGGCGCGGCGCGACGCCGCGUCGGACGACGCCGACGCCGACGCCGCCGACGACGACGCGAUGGACGUCUCCGACUUCGCGCGCGGCGGCGCGAAGGGCAAGCACGCGUCGACGUCCGCCUCCUCGCACCCGCAUCAUCUUCAUCACGCCACCCCCGACGAGACGCGCAGGUCGCUGCGCUCGCACCGGAAGCACGGCGGCUCCGCGUCCGCGGAGGAGAUCGUCGGCGUCUCGCGCCCGGCGUCGCCCGCGAUCGACGCGGUCGUCCUCCGAAGGAUCGAGCAGGACGUGAACAAGCUCGUGCGACGACGCGCGGAGCGCGCGAGAUCGAGAGCGCGAACGCGAAAGCGCGACUCGAAGCACGAGGACAUCCCUCUCGAGGCGGAGGCGCGAGGGACCGUGGUCCACACGCCGAUGAUCGCGACGGGCGGCGGCGGGCGGAAAGGCUCGUUCGCGUCCGUGGCAUACGCAGACGAGGAGGAGGAGGAGGAGGAGGAGGAGGAGGACGGCGGGACCAGCGCGAGCGCGUUCACGUCGCCGCCGGGAUCGAUCGCCGGGUCCGUCGCGUCCGAGCGCGAACGCGCGACGACGCCCGCGGGCGCGGGGGGCGCCGCGUUGCCCCCGCGCGCGCCGCCGCCGCCGCCGCCGACGCACCCGGCGCAGGGUCAAGGGCAGGGCGUGACCCCCGACUCGUUGCGAUACAUGGAGGUCAUGUCGCGGUACCUCUCCACGCGCGGCGUGCACGGGUCGCUCCUGGACGAACUCCGAGAGGAGAAGAGCGCGCUGACGCGGUUAGGCGCGUUCUAUCUUACUCUGGUUCCCAUACGACCCCGUUCGCGUGGUGAACGCCGUUUCUUAAGGACUUAA